GAGAGAGAGUGAGAGAGAAAUUGGCUUCGUUGACCAGAGAGAGAGUGAGAAAGAGUGAGAAACAUGGUUUCUUUGACCUCAUACCCGACAAAGUCAACGAGCGCAUCACGGAGUCCUACAAUAACUCGUCCCUCCUUACACACAGGUUGCCGUGUGCCUACGUGGUGUGUGUCUUGGCGAUGAUCUUCACUUUGUGGUAAAAGAAAGCACAAGGUUAAAUCGGCUUCUUUUCGGCUAUACUGGCGCCCCUUUUUGCGAACGUCACAACGCUUACACAGAUUCGGCUGCUGGGCCAGUGGGAGGAGAUGGACGGGUACCCGGGGAAGAGCGUUCCCGUGGGCGGCAUCGCCUACUACAUCACGCCCCCGGCCACCCUGUCCAACGUCUUCACUGACCCCUUCCACUCCAUCUUCUACCUGACUUUCGUCCUCAUGUCGUGCGCGAUUUUUUCGAAGGCCUGGAUGGAGGUGUCUGGGUCUGCGUCUCUGGACGUGGCGAGGCAGUUGCGGGAGCAGCAGAUGGUCAUGAAGGGGCACCGGGACACGGCGUUGCACCACGUGCUGGACCGUUACAUCCCCCCGGCGGCGGCGUUUGGGGGCAUGUGCAUCGGGGCGCUAACGGUCGCUGCCGACCUCUUCGGGGCUGUGGGGUCGGGAACGGGCAUCAUCAUGGCCGUCACUAUCAUACACCAGUACACGGAAAUAUUCAUGCAGGAGCAGAAAGAGUUGAUGGGGGCGUCAGCUUUUUAGUUGCUCGAGCAAGUAGUAAUAUUAAUAGUACAGCGUGCGCCCAGCAUUCCUAUGUCAUGCAGAAUUUUGGGGGCUUAGUUGGGGAACGGUUAGCGACGGGGUGGGCGCUGUGUGUGUGCUUGGGGUACAGUUGAGAGUUGGAUUUUACGCAGUAUUUUGUGUUUGUGAGCUAAGUGUGCGGUUGCCGCGCACGUGCCGGCCUGGUUGUGUCCCGGUUGUGUCCUGUAAGUCGUAGUCGGGGAGGCAAGCAUCCAGUUGAGCUCCUAUGGGGCGAGGCAGCUGUAUGAGGUACGUGUGUAUGCAAUGAGCACGAAAGACUGGGUUGCGUAGCGCCAGUCUUGAAGCGCCAGUCUAGAGAGUCGGAAGUUAUGAAGUUGCCGCACACGCGAUUCAGGGUAGGCGAAACCUUCGGCCUCGCGAGAGAGACAAAGGUAGAAAUCGGAAACCUCGUGGUUGGUGCUUUGGUCAAUUUGUUGGGGACCAGAGGAGGGUCGCCACAAGAAGCAAUCGAGGACUUGGCGACGCGGUACAAAGUCUGAUAGACUUGCAACUAUUGCAGUACUCCUGCCCAACCGUUCAGAACCGAACGUUCGGUCGGCAUGUAGCUCCUUACAUACGGCCGUAUGGUCUAAGCAUAUCUUGACGUAAAUGUUGCGCAGUGGAAAUUGUUGGGGGUAAUUUGAGCAAAGGUUGCUCGCUGGUGUUGCUGCGAAAGUGGCAACGCCGCAAGGAUGGUGUCAUGAGGAAUCAGCUGAGCCCACACGGCAGUCCUGGUGCGCGCCAACGCUUUCUUGCCACCUCGCGGUACAGUGGGGGGGGGCUCAGUAGUGCCGGU